UUGGUGAACUCGCGAGUUUCCGGGGCCUGACUUUUAUGGGUGUUCUGUGGCCUGACUGUACUUCGGGAGUGAGUCGUUUGGCUAUCGCCAGGACCAGCUGAGCCCGUCCGGUCCGCUGAUCAUGAACUCUGUUCACGACGAGGCACUUGCUACAAAGCAGUGGGAGCAGCCGCUGACGACUGCCGACAUGCGAGCCCGAGCUGCGGAGUGGUCGCUGGCCGAUGACUCCAGGUUGCUUGCGUACCUCGAGGUUUUCACUGAGAGCAUAACAUCAAGAACCUGUGGAAUCCAGAAGCAGCUGGAAGGGCUCAUUCAUGAAACUCUGAUUUCGGGUGUCAAGGUGCAGAAUGUCAUCAACGACUUCGGUCACCUGAGCAGCCUGCAGUUUGUUGAAAACCGUGUCUACGAUGAGGAGGUCAAGGCUGAGCCAAGGGAUGCACAGUCACCCUCGUGCAAGGCAGAGGAAGAGGGGGCCCUGCUGCUGGGACAAGUGUCCGAAGCCUUUCGCCUUGGUGUGGACGUACUGCGCUCAUCGCUGGAAGUGGUUGACCUGCGCCAGGACUCUGAAGAUGACGACGACUCGGAUGAGGACGCCCACUUCCGCCAUGCAGAAGAGACCCUGCUGAGGCCUCUGGACCCAUAUCUGUCACGGCCCCUGCCCCCACUCAUAGGCUCUGACCAGUUCCUCAGGGACGACCAUGUUGGCCUUGGGGAGCUACUCAGUGAAGAAGAAGGGGAUGAAAAGAGCAGCCUGGGAGAGUACGACAGCGGCAAGUCCGAGACAGACAGCAGUUCGGAUGGAACGAAGGAGCCAGUCAUCGAUAACAAGAUGGGAAACUAUAUGAAGCAGGAAUUUGGGGACUCCCCAGCAAACAGCGAUGAGCCGGACAUCUUUACUGCCGACACAGAGGAGCUGCAUUCGGAUGGCAGUGAUGAGGACAGCGUGACAAGGAGGGACUCAUUCAAGAGGAGCUCCUCUGUAAAAGAAAAUGCUGAGCUCGCAGAGGACGGGGCCAAGAUUCAGAAUGUAGUGGACAGGCAGCAGACGAACAAUCAGCAGAGUGCAGAAGAGGAGAGCGAGUCACCAUUUGCACGGAAAAGUGGCCUCUUCUCUGGCAAUGGGAAGCUCUUUGACGACGACGAUGAAGAGGGAGACCUCUUCAGGGAUGUUUCGAAUUCAACACCUCCAAGCACAUCCAACCUGCCUGCACCAACGCUGACCCAGAAUGGCAAGAAAGUUCCCGUUGGAGGCGUGUCCAUCCUAGGAGCGAUGAGGCCACCUUCCACAUCAGUGGCACUUACCGGGGUCCCUCCUCUUUCUGCACCCUGGAGGCAAGGGAAACGGGCAGCGCUGCAUGGUCCUGUUGCGAGUGACAACUUGUCCACACACUCAGAUGAAGUUAGAAGUGUACAUUUUGGAAGUCUGACUCAAGGAGGACAGGCGACCAGCAUGGAGGGAGUGAUGGACCCCAAGGCAUCAGUUGACAAGGGUGUCUUUGGAAAUGAGGACGACAAGAGUGCCAGCUUGCCCCCAAAUACCUCAGCCACUCAAAAACCACUCGAUAGUGCCCUUUUUGAAGAAGAGGACUACAGUGAUUUGUGGACAUCGACACCAACAAGAGUGACCUCGCAGCCGACGGUGCCUACCAGCCAUCUCACAGACCCUGGUUUCGAGGAGGAGUGUCCUGUUUUCUUGCCAUCUGAGGAACAGAGUGACAAGUCCAAGUAUGUCCUGUUUGACGACGAUGAGGAUGACUUGUUGUUCUCUUCUACCAGUGCUGCUGCAAAGACUGAGAGCAAGCCACCAAAGUCCUUGUUCAGUGAUGAUGAGGAGGACAUUUUUGCAAGUGCAAAAACUGCCCUAACAGCUGCGAAUAGCCAGCAAACAAAACCACACUUCUUUGGAAACAACACAGCUUCAAGCAAAAGCCGGACAUCCUCUCGGGGGAUCUUUCUGUUUGAAGAUGAGGAUGGAUUGUUGUGCCCCGCUGCACCUGUUCUUGAGAAGCCACCAGAUCCAGCAGACAGCAAGCAUCCAACAAGUGCACCCAUCUCGCUGUUCACCACUGAGGAGGACGACGACCUGUUUGCAGUGCCUGCGCAUCCGGCCGAUAGCCAGAGCAGUCACAGUGCGUCAUGGAGCAUGGGGUCCAAGGGGGAUGCUGAGUCUGCGUCAGUGGUGGUCCCUGAGGAGCCUGUUGCCAAGUCACGCAGAGGAAGUUGCUUUAUCUUUGACCAAGAAGAGGAGAUCUUCAAAUCCUCUGAGGACAACCUGGAUGUUGACUUAUUUGCUCCAGCUAAGCCCACUGAACUGGAGAAGCCACCUGCUGGUGGUGUCCCACUGUUUGGGGGCUCCAGCCUCUUUGGAGGUGAACUUAGGAGCCGCCUUGGAAAAGCCAGCAUGCCAAAAGGAGGUGAACCUGAUGCUUCCUUGGCUGCUGCCAUUGCAGAUCCGCCAAGUCGACUUCGGGACACAAAGGUCGUAUCAGCGAGCUUCGACGAACCUGCUGACAAGAACAAGACUCUCAUAAGUGCAACCAAGAGCCGAGCAAAAGUGAAGGCCAAGCGACGGCUGCCAUCACGGAGGAAGUUGCAGGCAGAUUCAAGAUCUUCAGAUGGCGACAGUAAAAGUCCCCCUGCUGAUGGCAGGAUGUUUCCAUCGUCACAUGCUCCUGCUGCUCUGGUGACACAUUCCAGGUCGAAUGCAGAGGCGGCUAUCGACCCAGCUUCAUCGAAGCCAGCCUUGAUGGUUGUCAAAUCGCCGUCCACAGAAGAAGAAGACCUUUUUGCUGUAAACAGCCUUCAGCCUGUGCCAGCAGAAGCCAGGCACAAGCCAUGCCAAGCAGUGCCAUCUGUGGCCACUGCAGCUGGGUCACAGGCACCAUUUAGCGAGAGCAUCCUUGAUGAUGACAGGGUAGAUGACCUCUUUGCCGUGAGUGCUGAGAGCUCCCACCGGCGUGUCACCUCUCGUCACGAGCAGAGCUCAUCGGAUGCAAUCUUUGGAGCAGGUGACACUGUGCCUCACUGGAGCGAAAAUUGUAUGUCAUCAAACACUGCAGCAAAUUGGGAUGCCCAGGCUCCACCACAGGAGACACCAAAAAAGGCUUCCAAUAGCAUCUUUGACGACAAUGAUGAUGAUGAUGAUGACAUUUUUGCCUCUAAGCCUGGAAAAUCUGGCACCUCUGCAUUGUCUUCUCAAGCAAAGCGGAAUACAUUGUUCAGCGAUGACACUGAUGACAUUUUCAGCUCCAAGCCAGCAACUGUCAGUACGAUGGAGAAGAAAGGUAGCCAGCCUGCCACAAGAAAGAGUUUGCCUAGGACUACCAACUUCAAGGAUCCGCUGCUUGGAGACAUCAGUGAUUAAUAUGCUUCGUUGUUGUUCAUUGACGUUGGCUGCAAUUUUCUAAUAUUCUGUAGUAUUGGUGCAUUUUCUUUUCAUCUGCGAGCCUACCUCCUGUGUCGCAAAUAGGCUAUUAACAUGGUAUCCUGUAAACUGAUCUUCAGAAGUUGGAACAAUACACCUCAAAAUAUCUCGUCA